AUGAUGACCACUACUUCACCAGAAGAGGAUUUGAAGGCACUUUUAAAAGCAAUGAAAGCCUCAUCACUGGAAUCACAGCAAUCAGAAACAUCAUUCUGUACCACUAAUUAUAACCCAAGCCUAGUUGCUGUUGCUGCAUUUGGAUUGAUGAAUAAUUUCAACAUGUAUUUCAUAAGCUACAAGUCAUGGCCGACUAUACUUUCAGGGCUAAUAGCUUGUCUGCAAAGUACCCUUGUUUACGAAUGGUUCAAUUUGCAUGGCAUGAAACUGACGCGCAAAGAGCAAAUUUACUUCGACGAGAAAAAUAUCCUAGAGACAUCAAAACGACUCGACUUCAAUUUACCACCUGUCAUUGAUGAUUUAACCCCCGGUAAUAUCACAGAAGAGAGGAAAUCACUACUAGCCGAAUUGUUCCGAAAUGAAAAAGAUGAAGAAAUGCAAAGAUGGUACCAAAUGCAUUAUGGAAAUGUUUAUGAGCAUGCGAAAAAGGCCGAACGAGAACGUAAGACGAUGCAAGAAAUAGCUAAGAAGCAAGAUAAAAUCAACUAA